AUGAGUAAUACUUUUAAUAAUUCAGCGAUGAUUGUUAAUCCGAUAUUAAGCACAUUUCCUGCUGAUCAAAUCAAUAUUCAACCAUACUGGAUUGUCGUCCUUGGACUGCUCGUCUCACAAUUCUUCCAACGAAUAUGGCAUCAAUUCAAACAUCACACAUGGUUCACAACCCUUGAGAUAGCUGGUCUGAUACUGAUAUUUCAACAGCGCUUAUCAAAUCAGAAUACAAAAGAGAAGUGGGCUUCUGCUGUUACAGUCCAGCCGAAUAAUAGUGGGGGAACAAAUGGUGGCUUGCAAAGCGAUAGAGAUCGUCUCCAAAAGUUACGUAGUAUGCUUGUUGUCGAUUUUUUCGAUGCCAUCAGCUGUCUCAUGACAUUCGGUCAUGCUGUCUGGUAUUGUGUAAUUCAGUCGACAUGUAGCAACUCGUCAUCGUCAAUAGCAACACCCUGGAACUGCUACAAUGCUCUUGGGUAUCGUCUAUUCAACUACAUUUUUGUUUCAUAUUUUAGUACACUAUUGGACUGUGCUUACAAAGGAUACGUACUAGGCUUUUCCGAAAUCAUAAAAACCGAUGCUAAGCGAGGCAGCUUCUCCUGGAUAAUGCAUUACGCUACGUUGAUUGUUAUAGCUCUGUCACUUAUAUUCACGACUUGCAUCCUGUUGCCUUUUGUUCUUACAAAUCUUUUGCCAAUGCUGGUCAUCUACGUUUGGAUGUGCAUAGUCUAUAUUGGAUUUUGUAUUUAUAUUACUGUUUCUGGUUUCAAAGUUUACAAAAACAUAAAAGAAUUACCAGCUAAAAUUAGUAAACAAGACGAUGCUGCAAAUAAGGAUUCAGGCCAACUAGAAUUUUGUUCUUUUAUGUUUACUUCUAAGGAAAUACCACACGUGGGAUUAGCUAUGCUGUUAGCACUUGUAAUAUCAACAUUCCCAAUUCUUUUAUCAAUUUUGUUCAACUUUUCACAAUUUUUCUACUAUGGUGAAUCCUACUUGAAAUCAAUUAAUGAUGAUUAUAUCUCGCGCGAUACAUCGAAUUAUUUUAAUCUACUUAAAAGUUCAACGCAACAAAUUUUGCACAUGGUAUUGAACUUUCUAUAA